CAAUAGCUCAGCGAAGGUCACUACCAUACUGAUAAAAAGCAUUCGUUCCGAGGCUGCAGAUCUGAAUUUCGACCUCCGUUCUGAGCCUGAGCUUCGCUACGCGUGAUGCUGCGGAGAGGAAGGAGCCCAGGACCGGCUGGCACAGUAUUUGACACUCGGAGUCCUCUAAACGGCCUCGGUCAGUAAAACCCCUUCCCCGUGAGCUCGGAGCUGGCCUUGCGAGGUGACCGGCAGGAAGAGACAGCAUGAGGGACGCAGGUGUGAAGGUGACGGCGAGGAAGGGCGGGGCAGCGGAGACUGGGGUGGCGCCCAAGCUCUGCGCCCCCACCUGGCCCAGCCCGGGGCGGAGUCUCCUCCGGGAGCGCGAUCCCCGAGGCACCGAGGGGCCCGUGCACCGUGCGGCUGCCCAAGGCGCGAUGGCGGAUGCGGGCUGGGGGCCGUGGCCGUGGCCCCCGCGCGGGCUGCUGCUCCAGGUGGCGGCCUUGCUCGGGACGCUCGGGCCGCAGGUCCAAACCUUCAAGCCUGAGAGCCUCCUGCUGGUGUCCACCCUGGAUGGAAGUCUCCAUGCACUGAGCAAGCAGACAGGGGACUUGAAGUGGACCCUGAAGGAUGAUCCCACCAUCCAAGGACCAAUGUAUGUCACAGAGACAGCCUUUCUCUCAGACCCAGCUGAUGGCAGUCUGUAUAUCUUGGGGACCCAGAAACAGCAGGGGUUAAUGAAACUGCCAUUUACCAUCCCAGAGCUGGUUCACACCUCCCCCUGUCGAAGCUCUGAUGGAGUCUUCUACACAGGCCGAAAGCAGGAUGCCUGGUUUGUGGUAGAUCCCGAGACAGGGGAGACUCAGAUGACACUGACCACAGAGGGUCUCUCUGCUGCCCGCCUCUACAUUGGCCGAACACAGUACACGGUCACCAUGCAUGACCCAAGGACCCCAGCCCUGCGCUGGAACAUCACAUACCGCCGCUACUCAGCGCUCCCUGUGGGUGGUUCACCUGGGAAAUAUGUGAGCUACUUGGCAUCCUGUGGGAUGGGCCUGCUGCUAACUGUGGACCCAGGAAGCGGGACGGUUCUGUGGACUCAGGACCUGGGUGUGCCCGUGACGGGUGUCUAUACCUGGCACCAGGACGGCCUGCGCCAGCUGCCCCAUCUCACGCUGGCUCGGGAUACCUUGCAUUUCCUCGCUCUCCGCUGGGGCCACAUUCGGCUGUCUGCCUUAGGCACCCAGGACACAGCCACUUCCUUCUCUGCUUCAGACACUCAGCUUCUGAUGACGCUGUAUGUGGGGAAAGAUGAGGCUGGCUUCUAUGUCUCCAAAGCUUUGGUCCACACAGGUGUAGCCUUAGUGCCUCGUGGACUCACCCUGGCCCCCAAGGAUGGCCCCACCACUGAUGAGGUGACACUGCAAGUCUCAGGGGAGCGAGAGGGAUCACCCAGCACCGCAGUCAGAUACCCCUCAGGCAGUGUGGCCCUGCCCAGCCAGUGGCUGCUCAUUGGACACCAUGAGCCACCCCCAGUCCUGCACACCACCAUGCUGAGGGUCCAUCCCACCCCAGGGAGUGGCACUCCUGAAACAAGACCUUCAGAGAGCACUCAUGCUUUGGCUCCCUUCUUGGGGGUUCUGAACCUGAACCAGGAGGAACCGUGGGACUCAGAGCUGCAUCCUGAAGAGAAAAUUCCAGUAUCUUCUCUAGGGCUGGGAUACCAAGACCUGCUGGUAGCGGUCCUCACUGCCACUCUGCUGGGGGGCUGGAUUCUUUUCUUCUCGAGGCAGCAACAGCAGUUGGUGGAGAAGCAGCAACAGAUUUCCCAGGCACCUGCAGGCCCUCCUAAUGUCUCACAGGAUACUCGGGCCCAGGCCUCUGGGGCCAGCUCACAGGGCCAGAAGAGGCAAAGUCCCUCAGAACAAGCCUUACCAUUCUGUGAUCCUGAAGUCGAGCAGCUCACCAUAGUGGGGAAGAUUUCCUUCAACACCAAGGAUGUGCUGGGACGUGGAGCAGGUGGAACUUUUGUUUUCCGGGGACAAUUUGAGGGGCGGGCAGUAGCUGUCAAGCGGCUCCUCAGGGAGUGCUUUGGCCUGGUUCAGCGGGAAGUGCAGCUGCUGCAGGAGUCUGACCGGCACCCCAAUGUACUCCGCUACUUCUGUACUGAGCGGAGCCCCCAGUUCCACUACAUUGCCCUGGAGCUCUGCCAGGCCUCCUUGCAGGAGUAUGUGGAGAACCCGGACCCGGACCAUUGGGGUUUGGAACCCAGGAUGGUGCUACAGCAGCUAAUGUCAGGCCUGGCCCACCUGCACUCCUUACACAUAGUGCACCGUGACCUGAAGCCAGGCAAUAUUCUCAUCACUGGGCCAGACAGUCAAGGCCAAGGCAGGGUGGUCCUCUCAGACUUUGGCCUCUGCAAGAAGCUGCCUGUCGGCCGCUGCAGCUUCAGCCUCCACUCAGGGAUCCCGGGCACCGAAGGCUGGAUGGCCCCUGAGCUCCUUCAGCUCCAGCCCCCAGAAAGCCCGACUAGUGCUGUAGACAUCUUCUCUGCAGGCUGUGUGUUCUAUUAUGUGCUCUCCAGCGGUGGCCACCCUUUUGGAGAGAGUCUUUACCGGCAGGCCAACAUCCUUGUAGGUACUCCCUGUCUGGCUCAUCUGGAGGAAGAGGCCCAUGACAAGGUAGUGGCCCGGGACCUGGUGGAAGUCAUGCUGAGUCCACUGCCACAGGCCCGCCCCUCUGCCUGCCAGGUGCUGGCCCAUCCUCUCUUCUGGAGCAGAGCCAAGCAGCUCCAAUUCUUCCAGGAUGUCAGUGACUGGCUGGAGAAGGAGUCUGAGCAUGGUCCCCUGAUGACGGCACUCGAGGCAGGAGGCUACAAGGUGGUCCGGGACAACUGGCACCAUCACAUCUCCAUGCCAUUGCAGACAGAUCUGAGAAGGUUCCGGUCGUAUAAGGGGACAUCAGUGAGAGACUUGCUUCGUGCCAUGCGGAACAAGAAGCACCAUUACAGAGAGCUUCCAGCUGAGGUGCAGCAGGUGCUAGGCUGUGUUCCUGACAGCUUCGUCCAGUAUUUCACAUGCCGCUUCCCGAGGCUGCUCCUUCACACUCACCACACCAUGAGAAGCUGUGCCUCUGAGGGCCUCUUCCUCCCCUACUACUCGCCAGCCUCCGAAGCGAGGGGGCUCUGCCAGGGAGCUGAAGCUGCCAGUGGCCUCCACCAAAGCCAGCCAAGAAGCUGGGCCUGUGGUUGAAGCUGACCUAGCAUAAGGGAAGACUGGCAGCAGCCUGGCAGGUUACGGCUAUAAAGCUGACAUGCCCUGAAGCCCCAGGACCUUCAGGGAACUGAGAAGAAAAAGAUUUACAUAUAUCUUUAAUGUGUAUAAAGCUAAGGAAAGGACAAUCUUGGAUUCAAUAGAAACAUUCUGUACAAUUCGUGCGGUGGGCUAAAGGGAAGAGGCAGAGGCUGCAGAACCCACACCUGAACAUGUACAAAAAUAACUUAGCAGCCCCACCUGCAAGACUGACACAGCUCCCUGCCCAGCCCCUGGACUGGGAGGGGCAUGUGACAAAAGCAGCCCACAGAGCCCACCAGUGUAGGCCCUGGUGCUGGUGGAGUGAGAGGGCACCAGUCCACAGGGGAGAAAAGGAGGCUAGGAAGAGACCUUGACACGAUUGCAGGCUGAGCGCGAACUCAACAGCUUGUCCACCAUGGUGCGGGCAUAGCGCAGGCGACUGGCCAGCUCCCGGCAGCAGCCGUACUCCUCUAGGAGACUCAGGCGGUAUGUGCGGAAGUCCCGCUUCUCAUCAAUGUAGGUCACAGCUGCCAUCAGUGGGCACAGAAUGAGCUUGGUGUGGUCCUGGAAGGGAAAGAGGGCAGAGACUGAAGAUCCUGGCUGUUUAUACAUGGGGGUUGGGGCAGGGAGGAAGAUACCCUGACUGGUAGGGGGCAGUCACCCAUGCCACUUCCUUCCCACCACCUGCUGCCAAGGACAGAUACUCACAUCUUCCCAUCCAACCCACAUGGCCAUUCCCAGGCCCAGUCCACCACCCUGCCCUUCUCUACCUGGAAGAAGUUAAUCUGCACAGUGCCAUUGCUGAGAUGCAGGAUGAUGGCACUGCGUGUGCGGAACCAGGUGCGCAGGUAGGGCAGUCGGGCCAGCUCGUCACCUUCCCGAGGCGUGAUAUUGGCACCUGCCUUCAGCAAGUGUUCACUCAUGUAGUUGCGGAAAUAUUUGAGGAGAGUGAUCUGUUGGGCAUUGGGGAAGGGAUUCCACAAUCAGAGCCAGUCUCUGGUAGGACUCCCACUUGUAGUGACAACCAGGUCCACGGUGUUGGUGCUCACCUUCUUCAUCAAGGAGUUGGGGUGGGAACUCACGGUGAGGUAGGACUCAACACCGUCACGCUCUAUGUACUGCAGGCUAUCCCCAUCAUUGUAGAGGAUGAGGCGAGUAGAGUCAUUGAAGAGCACCCCCACGCUGUUGUCACAAAGCUGAUACCCUAGAGGCAGGGAGAGGGAGCCCUCAGAAAGAAGUGAUAGCACUGAGACACAGUGCACACAGUGUGUGUUCAGAAGAGGACUUGGAAGCCACAAAGGGCCAGAGCCUUCAGCAACUGUUGGGUCAGUCAGGUGACCAUCCUUGAGCCUCCCAUUCCCUGGGGAAGAAACCUACCUAGGCCAUACUUGUCUGAGUAGUCCACCCAUUUGCUGACCCAGAAGAUGGGGAUGCAGGCAGGAUCUUCAGCCUCCUCUGCAACAGAAACAGAAAGACCAUUGUCAGGAACAGCUUUUUCCCCUUUGGUCUGCUUUAUGGCCCCAGGGAAGACUGCUGGGCACUGCAUGGACUGUCAAAAGGCCUGGGGCCCCAGAGAAGGCACAGCAAGGCCUCUGUCACCAAUAAGCCCAGACAGGCCACAGCACAGAUGCCUAGAUAGAAAGUUACAGCAUAGCCCACUAAAUUAUCACAGGUACAGAGGGCACAAAACCCAGGAUUCACAGAGUUUAUAUUCUAACUAUAGGAACAGACUAAUCAAAAAAGUAUGUUCAAAACUUAUAAAUUCCUUCUAUCACUAUAAGAAUGAGAUUAUCUAGUUUUCCAGUUCAGAAGAUUAAGACACUGUGAGUGAACAGAGAAUUCCAAAUACAUUCAAAUGUUAUGUUCAAUGCAUGCAACAAAACCAUUAUUUCAAAUAAACUAAACAACAAAAGAAA